AUGUGGAGGAAUAUCUACACGGUGGGGUUGAUUGUACCCUUUAUCGCUGCCAUAGUCUACGAUUUCUUGAUUCGUGGAAUUCCCUCACCUACCAAUCCAGCUCAAGUACAUAGAGCACCACUGGGAUUCGUGCCAGUUAUUAACUAUACUCAACUACAAGACAGUAAUGGGAUCGACAUAGUAUUUGUCCACGGGCUUGGCUCCAAUCCGGACACAACAUGGCAGGCGCGUAGGACGACGCAAGGACCCGACCCCAGCGAAGCAAAUGUCAAUUGGAUUCGUGAUUUUCUGCCUAAUGAUUUACGUCAGUUAGACACUGGCAACACUCAUCUUUACUUCUUUAACUUUGACUCGUUUUGGAAAAGAGAUGCGGUGCAAGCAAGGCUCGCAACCAUUGGAAGCGAUCUUUUGGAGCACAUGGCAAAUGGCAUACGUCGGUCCCAGGAGGCAAAAAGUCGCAAGCUUGUAUUUGUCGGGUAUAGCUACGGAGGGUUGGUCAUCAAGGAGGCCGUUGUCCUUGCUCGUGGAAACCCGGAUUUUGAGUACAUAUCCCAGAAUACGCGAGCGAUCGUUUUUCUAGGGACGCCUCACCGUGGAUCCACGUUCAGCUCAUGGGGUCGUCGGGUAGCUCGUUUACUUCGACUGGUUGGAUCAAAUCCUUCCAUAUUGGAGGAGAUAGAGUAUGAUUCUACCAUGCUUCUGGAUUUACACAUAGGGUUCGAGGCCGGCAUAGGCGCAGAAACUCAGCUCAUCAAUGUCUUCGAGCAGCGACCGACUCUGUUAUUCAGUCUCUGGUUUUUUCAAUGGAGAGAGUUUUGCGUUCGUGAACAAUCUGCCAAAUUUGGAGGAGGUAGGGUACGGAACAUUGGUCUUCCCGUAGACCAUAGUGGUUUAAAUAAAUUCGCCUCCCGGGAUAGCAGCUACCAGGUUCUAUUAUCUAUCUUAUCGAAUGCGAUCUCUCCUGAACCUCGAAAAUAUCGCCGCAGUCAGGGUACAAAGGACGAGUUUCGAAUCACGCUUCAGCUGCCAUUCCUACGCAAUGAUCGGUUCACAGGUCGGACCGAUCUUCUCCUGCAUGCUCAUCGCUAUUUUAAGGAAGAAUGUACUCCUUCCCAGCAAUGCGUUUUUGCCCUGCAUGGCCCAGGAGGAAUAGGCAAAACCCAGAUUGCUGUCGAAUAUGCAUAUAGGUACAUGGAUAGCUACACAUCCGUGUUCUGGAUCGACGGGUCCAGUGUGCCAGCUAUUCGCCGGAGCUUUGCCCAUGCGGCUGAUCAAGUCAUGAGUCACUUCCGAAAAACCCAUACAAAUGACACUGAAUACAAGAAGUUUGCCGAAUCAUUUGGAGGAGAAAUACUCGUGGAUGACACGGGUUCUGGUAUUGAAAAAGUGUCUCAGGCUGUGAGGGGGACGCUAGAUUGGUUGGCACAGCAAGAGAACCAUCAAUGGCUGCUGAUAUUUGACAAUGUUGACGAUUUGGAUUCAUUCGACAUCCGCAAUCAUAUUCCCAGAGUGCCAUUUGGUAGCAUCCUCCUGACAAGCAGGCGGAAAGAUAUAUCUGGCUACUGGAAAAGUAUCCCAGUUGGAGAGAUGGGCAAAGAAGAGGGCAAGACUCUAUUUGCCAAGAGUUCUGGCUUCUACGGAAAAGUUGAAGACACUGUUGCCGAAGAAUUACUCGACUUGUUAGGGUAUUUCCCACUUGCCAUAGAGCAGGCCGGUGCCUAUAUAUCUGCUCAACAGAACUUUCUCCCCGAUCAUCCAGAGCAGUUUACCCGAGCCGUCCAGAAGUACAUUGAGCAGUAUCACGUCAACGCCGAAAGGCUGCUUGCCCAUAGACGACCUCAGUCUAUAUGGGACUACCGUAACGACACAAUUCUCACUACAUGGGAGGUCUCUCUCCAGGCAAUCCAGAGGAGCACACCGGAAGCUGCUGAACUUUUAUUUCUUUGUGGUUUCUUGUCAAACAAUGAUAUAUUCGAGGACAUGUUGUCUGACGAUGUGCACCUUCAAACAAACAGACCGCACAUCCAUGCAGCUCUUGAGAAUGCCCGAUCAUUCCUCACCAAAGCACCAACAUUGGCCUCCAUGGACCUCCAAUAUCCUCCAGCAUAUGCCACACCGCCCCAUAGACUAUCAUUCAUUUAUGAAACGCCGCAGUGGUGGUAUCUCUGGCUUCUUGGUCAAUUACAGGAAGCGGGACUGUUCUUUAAGUCUCUAUAUCGCGAAGAUGAACAACUGGAGGAUGAUCCAUGGUUACUUACUUACAAAUUGACCAUUGCCCUCCGAGACUAUAAUCUUCAGGCCGCAGCCCAGUUAUUUCGAUGGGAACUAUCGGAAAUUUACAUGAGGCUUCAUCCAAUGCACCCAAGGUCUCUGAGUGUUGCGGGAGAUUUAGCUUGGGCUCUGUACAACCUGCGACAUUUUGACGAGUCAAGAAGAUGGUACGAAUGGAUUUUGGCAGCCCGGCAGCGUGUCCUAGGGCAUAGUCAUUACGCUACAAUGGGGGCUCUUAUCGGGCUAGCCGCUCUUUACGAAGAAGGUCGCAACUUCGACAAAGCACUCGAGCUGAGACUUGUUGCAUACGAAGGUCGAGUGGCAAGAUUAGGCCAGGCCAACGUGUUGACACAGAAUGCCGCAAAGGCUGUCGCCGAUCAAUUGUUCAAUCUUGAAAGAUACGAGGAAGCGGACCAAUGGUACCGCACAGUCUUGAAGGCGGAGGUGGAAAUGUACGGUCUGAAGCACGAAAGAGUCUUACGUCUCGUGCGAAACUAUCUUGCCAACUUCGCUUCGAAGGCCUUACCUGACAAAAAGGCUCAGUGGGCCAAGACCGAGUUUCAAACACUGAAUUCGACACUAGGUUCAGCUCACAAAGAAACUGUGGACAGCGCCCACCGUAUGGCUAUGGUCUAUUACGAGAAUAAUCAAUAUGAACAGGCGCUUGUGUGGAUGUUUAUGACCUUCGACACAAGGAAUCGUACACUUGGACUAUAUCACAACGACACAGUGGCUAGCAUGCAUAGCAUUUGGAUUGUUUUGAAUCAUCUAUCUAGAGUGGAUGAAAGUCUUGAGUGGAAUUUCAUGGUCUAUGAGGCUCGCAGUCGCACCUUGGGGCCGUACGAUGAAGACGCCUUGGAGAGUGCUAAUAAUAUGGGUGCCAUGUAUGCUGACCAACUUCAAUUUGACAAGGCGCUGGAAUGGUUUUCUAUCACCUUUGAGGGUCGAAAUCGCACCCUGGGGCUGGAUCACGAAGACACCUUAUGGAGUGCUAGGAGUAUUGGCUAUGCAUAUGAGCGCCAAUCCCAAUUUGACAAGGCGCUUGAGUGGUCUGUUGGCCUUGUAUAUCACCUCCAAUCCCGGUUUGACAAGGCGCUCGAGUGGGAAUUUAUCGUCUAUGAGGGUCGAAAUCGUACCCUUGGACCGGAUGGUUAUCACACCCUGCAGAGUAUUCACGAUAUUGGUGUCAUAUAUGACAGUCAAUCCCAAUUUGACAAGGCGAUUCAGUGGUAUUCUGUCGCCUUCGAAGGCCAGAAUCGUACAUUAGGACCGGAUGCCCAAGAGACCCUAUGGUGCGCUUCUAAUAUUGGUAAAGCAUAUAAGGCUCAAUCCCAAUUCGAAAACGCGCUGAAAUGGCAUUCGCUCGCGUUUGAAGGUCGGAUUAUUGCCUUAGGGCCAGGUCAUAAGCACACGCUACGGUCUGGGCUGCAGAUUGGAUGGAACCACAUGAAUUUGGGCCAGUAUGACGAGGCCCUGACUUGGUUCAAGCGAGUUCUGGCUCUCGGGAAUGAAUCCCUUGGGAUGAGUCAUGAGUAUAUGCAGCAAGCCCAAGAAGAGAUUUCUAAGAUUGAGUGUUGGAUGGAAUCUCUUGAGCGUUGCGAAUGUAGGAACCAAAUGGAAGGAGUGAGAGUUGUAUUAGGAGAGGAGCGAACUACCUACCUAUCGAGGAGGUGGAUGUCUGAGACACCCGCUACCGCAACAAAAUCCUAG